AUGUCUUUAGAGUGAAAGUAUAAAAGGUCAGCAAUCUCAACGGAUAGAUCACUGCAGUCGCUCGACGUCUUCUGUAUCAUCUGGAACCACCCAAGACAUCAGAGCUCAAAAUGGCAUUCGCUGGAGUAUUGAAGGAUGCUGACAUCGCUGCAGCCCUGGACGCAUGCAAAGCCGCUGAUUCCUUCAACUACAAGACCUUUUUCGCAAAGGUUGGGCUGAGCGCUAAGUCCCCAGAAGACAUCAAGAAGGCUUUCUUCAUCAUUGAUCAGGACAAGAGUGGCUUCAUUGAGGAGGAUGAGCUCAAGCUUUUCCUUCAGACCUUCUCCGCCGGUGCACGCGCACUGACUGACGCCGAGACCAAGGCUUUCCUCAAGGCUGGUGACGCUGACGGUGACGGCAUGAUUGGAGUUGAUGAGUUCGCUGUCUUGGUUAAGGCAUAAUUUGCAACUGACCAACACCACUUGCUCUGAAGGAACAACAUUGCCCACGAUCUCCCCUUUUCAUCUGAAUAUAAAUAAUUUUUAUACAUUUGCUUAUACGAGAAGUCUCCUCCAUGCGGCACACUGUCAAAAAUGAUUAAUGUGAAUGUAUAGCGCGGUUGUGUUCAUGUCUUAAAUAUGAAUUUUGCUUACUGUAAAAUCAAUGAUGCACUUUUCGGGAAUGAACGAUAAAAGAAUAACUAUUC